GAUUGGUAGCUCUCUAAUUCAGACUUCGUACAGUCGAUUCAAUAAAUCUGUUUGAAGUUAGCAAACCAAUUACAUUUCACUACGUGUACUUUGCUUUCUAUGAAAUAUUAAUUAUACUUUAGUUUGACGGAGAAAAUGACGAUCAAAAUAUGGGCUACCAGUGAAGAUAAUUCUAUAGAGUACAUGGCGCUGACUGCGGAUUAUCUGGAAGGUGCUUUGGGUGUAUUGAGAAAGAGUUUUUAUCGACAGGAAGCGGCCAGCGUGGCCGUGGGUAUAGCGAAAGACGACGAAGCCAUGGACGAAAUUGACGAUUUCGUAAAAACCGUAGCUAAAGAAGGAGUUUCUCUGAUUGCUCUAGAUAAAAAAACGAACGCGGUUUGCGGUGUGGCUUUCAAUAAACUCCAAGCGAAAAAAACCGGCGACGAAGCCUCGGAUUUCCACAGACUAUCCGAGAUUUGCCGGCGGCCGCCCGCGAAAGAUUUGAUCAAAUUUAUGGAUAAGGCCGACAAGCAAACGGACCUUUUCGCAUUAUGCGAAGCGGAUUGUCUUUUGGAAAUAAUGUUUUUGUCCACGUUGGAGAAUUACGGUAACAGGGGAAUCGCGACGAAGUUGUGCGAGGUUUCUGUGAGAUUGGCGAAAACGUUGAGAUACGAUAGAGAAAACGUGAAACAAGACAUCGACGGGAAGGAAUUAGACUUGGAACCGAUACCCGAAGCUGUUUGCGCCCUUUUUACCGCUCCUAGAUCCCGUAGGAUCGGAAGGAGGUUGAAUUGGACGAUUGCCGUUACUUUGGGCUACGAAAUUUUUUUUACUAAUGGCGAACCUUUUUCGAAAUUCCUCCCAAGCGACAAUCGAUUCACCACGGUUGAAUAUUUCAUUAUUUGAACCAACUUUUAUUAUUAUUUUAACUGUUUUGAGGAUUUUAAUUGACAAUUAAUUACGAUCGAAGGGUUUUAAACGACAAAUUUUUACAUUUCCAAUAUUUUAAUAAACAAUUUUUUGAAUAUUA